GCUGCACAAUGUGUAAACCGUGGAUGUUAGAGUGAAGACUACCGCGGUCUCAGAAGGGACCCCCUGGUCAAUCACUUCCCCAUGGGGAUGAAUCCAGUUUUCUGUCUCGCUUUCUGGGCAAAUAAUUACGUUGCUGCACAGAAAUUGUCAGCUUGUCGGAUAAACGAGACAUUUCAGUGGACUGAGAAGGUCUUAUUUAACAUAAAUACAUCACUUUUACUUGCAUUACAACUCCACCACUUAUACGUGUGAUCCUGCAUGUCUCAUACCAUCGUCGUACGAUAUGGCUUCUAGUACGGAUAACAAUGUCACUGACGGGGCCCAGCCGGCUGACGGGGCUACCCAACUUGGCAGAAGCUUAACUCGGUAUCCUACGUCUGUUGCUGGCAACGACGACGAAAACUCGACCGUAUUGAGUACGAUUAAGAACAAUCCCGUUAUCCUACUAUGUUGUCUAUACGCAAACCUUGGAGCUUUCAUGUAUGGCUUCGAUAAUAUCACAUUAUCAUUGUGCCUUGAUAUGGCGCCCUUUGUCAUGAAGUUUGGAGAACUAGUCGAUGGUUCGUACGUUGUACCGGCCUACUGGCAAUCUUUGUGGAACGCUAUACCUCAGUUAAUGACCGGUAUUGGAGCUUGGUCUUCCGGACCCGUCUCCGAUCGGCUGGGGCGUCGAUGGACUAUGUUUAUUGCAGGUGUCAUCUCGGCAGCCGGCGUCACUAUUGUAUACACAGCAGAAUCAAAUGGCCAAUUUCUAGGAGGCAAGAUGGUCAACGCUGUGGGGCUAGGAAUGGCUCUGGCGUCGGGGCAGACAUAUAUCUCUGAAAUCACCCCCCUGAAGCUGCGUGGUAUCGCUCUCGCGUUCUACACUUUUUGCUUGAGUGUCGGAUAUCUGGUCGCUGCAUCGAUUUCGUUCACCCGUGUCACCAUUAUGGACGAGUCGGCAUAUAAGGUCAUGUUUGCUACAGAGUGGUGUUGGCCUGCAGCAAUAGUGGCAGGUGCAUUCCUCAUUCCCGAAUCACCAUACUACCUGAUCCGAAAGAACCGAAUCGAGGCCGCCAGCAAGUCUUUGGGCCGAUUACAUUCCAAAAACGAGCGAACUGUGAGAUUUGCACUCAUGUCAAUUCAGGAAGUCAUUGAACAUGAAUCAGAAAGCAACAUAUCCAGCUUUCUAGAAUGCUUUCAGGGAUCCAACUGGCGGCGGACACGUAUCGUAUUAUAUGCCAACGGCUUGUCACAAAUGACCGGUGCCGUAUUCCUCAAUAACGCACCCUACUUCAUGGUUCUCGCCGGCUUAUCAUCAACCAAUGUAGCCAUGAUCGUGGAAAUUGGUAUUGCAAUGUCUAUUCUUUCCAGCAUAUUCACUUUCUUCGGAAUGGCCUACCUUGGGCGAAGGUCGUUGGUUCUCGGCGGCACUGCAUUCGCAGGUGUCCUUUUCAUGAUUAUGGGCAUUUGUGCUGCUCUUCCUAACCAGAACGGUGCUACGCGCUGGGCUGUUGCUAUAGUGUUACAGAUGGCAUGGCUCAGCAUUGGACCGGCUAAUGGACCUGCCCUUGCUGUUGCCGGCGAGGUCUCGACCAUGAGGCUCCGUGCUAAAACACUCGCCAUUGGAUUCUUCUUCAACUAUUUCUAUAGCACAAUUUGGAACAUAGUUGUGCCAUACAUGUUUAAUCCUGGAUACGGUAACCUCGGAGGAGAAUUGGGUUGGGUCUUCUUCGGCACUUGCUCUGUUUCACUUUUUCUAAUAUGGUUUGAGAUGCCUGAUACCAAGGAUCUGACAGCAGCUCAGAUAGACGAAAGGUUCGAAAACAGGGUUCGCACCCGGGGGUUCCAGGACAAAGAUUAUCAAGACAACCACACUUCGGGAAAGGAGGUGGAAAUGGGCGAGGUGGAGCAAGUCGAGAAUGUCUAGGUUUCUCCAUGCCGCCUGGGAAGAUGCUAGUGUUAUGAUCUCCCCAAAACUCGGUUGCAACGAUCUAUACCAGCGACAUUAUUAGUAUCAGAAAUAAUACAAUGCGCAUGUCAGAUUCUUGAAUGCGCCACGUCCAUGAUCGUUUUCUACUCCAAUCAACACUGCAAAUUCUGAUGCGGGACUCCCACUCAGAGCAAACCAAC